AUGCCGUUUGGCUGUUUAACCAUCGGGGAAAAGAAGGAUUAUAACAAUCCUUCGGAAGUGACAGAUAAAUAUGACCUGGGUCAGAUCGUUAAAUCGGAGGAGUUCUGUGAGAUAUUCAGGGCCAAGGACAAAACGACGGUGAAAAUGUACACGUGUAAAAAGUUCGUGAAGAAGGAUGGACGGAAGGUCCGCAAGGCGGCGAAAAACGAGAUCGUCAUCCUAAAGAUGGUGAAGCAUCCCAAUAUUCUGCAGCUGGUGGACGUCUUUGAGACCAAAAAAGAAUACUUCCUCUUCCUUGAACUUGCAACAGGCAGAGAGGUAUUCGACUGGAUCCUGGACCAGGGCUACUACUCAGAGCGAGACACCAGCAACGUGGUGCGCCAGGUGCUGGAGGCCGUCGCCUACCUCCACUCCCUGCACAUCGUUCACAGAAACCUCAAGUUGGAGAACUUGGUUUACUACAAUCGCCUGAAGCACUCUAAAAUCGUCAUCAGCGACUUCCAUCUCGCCAAGCUGGGGAACGGACUCAUCAAAGACCCCUGUGGGACGCCGGAGUACCUGGCUCCAGAGGUGGUUGGCAGGCAGCGAUACGGCAGGCCGGUGGACUGCUGGGCUACGGGCGUCAUCAUGUACAUACUACUGUCGGGCAACCCUCCUUUCUACGACGAGGCUGACGACGACGAUUUCGAAAACCACGACAAGAACUUGUUCCGAAAGAUCCUGGCAGGAGAUUACGAGUUUGACUCUCCGUACUGGGACGACAUCUCAGAUUCAGCUAAGAGUCUGGUUGCUCGCCUGAUGGAGGUGGAUCAAGACCUGAGACUGUCAGCCCAGGAGGCUAUAAACCAUGAGUGGAUCUCCGGCGGUGCAGCUUCAGAUAAGAACAUCAAGGAAAACGUGUGCGCACAAAUAGAGAAGAACUUCGCCAAAGCUAAAUGGAAGAAAGCCGUGCGGGUCACCGCCAUCAUGAAGAGACUGAGAGCGCCGGAGCAGAGCGACCCGAAGGCGACCGUCCCCGAGGUCGGGGCCGGGGCCCCGGCGGAUGCCGCGGCUCCGCCUGCUGCCACCGACCCCGCCGCCGCCGAGGACGCCGCGGCCCCCGCGGCCCUCGCGGCCCCGCCGGCUCCCGCUACCGUCACAGAGCUCCCUGCUGCUGCUGCUGCCGUGGCGGAGAUAAGCAACCCGGCACCGGAGGCUGGCGCCGAGGUGGCCGGCGCCGAGGCGACCGGCGCCGCCUCCCCCGCGGAGCCACAGCAACCGAGUCCAGCGCCGCCGCCGCAGGAGGCCGAGCCCACGACGCGGUGCAAUGGGGAGGCUUCGGCCGCCGAGGCCGGGGAGGAGCAGGGUUAG